CAGUAAAAGAUAAAUAUGUUUUAUCACUGUUUCAGCAUAAUUUAUCGACGACAAAAAUUUGAGAUCCAGUGUAUCGGCAACGUCAUAGCCGUCGCCACAUGUUUGCCGAAAAAGAGCGCGAGUGCGCGACGUUCUGACAGCAGACGGCGAUGUGGCACCGGGAAUUCUAACCUCAGGAUAGCAGCAAUUUUCCGUGGUGCUUUUUUGUGGAUGAUGCUGAGGUGGCCCUGAGAAAUCUGUUAGUGUGAAAAUUGGAGUAGAAAGAUUGUCCCGUGUCAGUUUAAUCAGUGAUGGACAAAAUGCGGCUGGUGUUCUUUACAAUAUUUAUCAUAUGCCAUUUCCUGGGCAUGACUCUUGCUUGGGAUAACGAUGAGCUCGAAGUUUUCGACGUCGUUGAGGAGGUUAAUCAGAAUUUCUACGAAUUGCUGGGCGUCCCUCAGGCUGCAAAUGCAUCUGAUAUUAAGAAAGCCUUCAGACGCCUUUCUCUACAGCUACAUCCCGAUAAGAAUUCAGCUGCAGAUGCAGAGAUACAAUUCCGAAAUUUGGUUGCAGUUUACGACAUUCUAAAGGAUCCAGGAAAGCGUGAACGGUACGACAAUGUUUUAGUGAAUGGUUUACCCAAUUGGCGUUCGGCUGUAUACUAUUAUCGCCAUGUCCGUAAAAUGGGAUUGCUCGAAAUGAGCAUCAUUCUAUUUAUUGUAAUAACAAUUGGACAGUAUAUUGUAUCAUGGGCGGCUUACUUCGAAAAAAGAUACACUUACGAGCAGGUCUUAGGUAGUAAGCUGCAGAGAAUGCAGAAAAAGAAUAGAAAGGGCAAAAUGGACGUUCCAGAUCUGGCUGAGAUCUUAGAGAGGAUACCGACGCCGAGUGUGUCGGAUACGCUGCCUUUCCAGCUGCCAAGAUGGACAUUCUCCGCGAUUGUCGGCGUACCUUCAGCCAUCCGUGCCAUUAGUGAAAUGCUCGAAGAGCGUAAAAGACAGAAAAAGCUUCUCGAGGAAGAAGCAGCACGCGCACAAGAGAAUACAGAACCGGAAGUGGAGCCAGUAUCUCGUGGUCCUAGAAGACGAAGAGGUGCAGGCUUCACUCCACAAGAACGUAGCGGUACUGGAGACGUCAGUAGUAAACGUGAACAAGUUCCAUUGAUGAAUGACGUGGUUUCACAAAAACCACGUAUCAGUGGAGGUCUCUGGACAGAUGACGAUAUAGCUGAAUUAAUAAAACUUGUUAAAAAAUAUCCUGGUGGUACUUCAGAUCGCUGGGAAAAAAUUGCAGACGCGAUGAAUCGAACGGUUGCGGAAGUGACGCACAUGGCUAAGAAGGUAAAAGAUGAAGGUCUGAAGCCCGGUCAGUCUACCGAAACGGAAGUAGCACUUGAGGAACAACCAAAGAAAGUCAAAACUCGGGCUGAAGUUGUGGACACAGUCUCAGAUUGGAGUCAAGAACAACAGCGUGCUUUGGAAGCUGCCUUAACAAAAAAUCCUAAGGGAAUGUCUUUAGAUAGAUGGGAAAGAAUAGCCAGUUGCGUGGAAGGAAAAACGAAAGAAGAAUGCCAAGCUCGAUAUCGUCAGCUAGUGGAACUUGUCAAGAAGAAACAACAAACCGAAUGACAAAACAGUGCAAGUCUUUGUGGAUUGUAAAAAGAAACUAUUGACGCGUACUUGAUAAAAGAUCCGUCACAUUUUGUUACAAACUUGUCUUUCUCCCCUUGAGGUGUAUUUAUUCAAUAAAUUAAUUGAUUAACCAAAAGGAAGGUAAGUUCGAGGGGGUUCAACGCUUCCUUUCCUUAUGGUUAGUUAGGUUACGCAAACAUCAAGAUGUUCUUCGAACUAUCUGUAAACAUGAAGUGUAUAUGAUUUUGUUUGUACAAACUGUUAAAUAUUACCAUACUAUCGUCAUA